AUGGUCAAGUGUUCCGUUUUUCACCGCAUUGGCCAACGACGUAUUGCAAUGAAGGACCAGACACAGUUUUGGUCACUGGAAAACGUCAUUAGUCAGCUAGAGUUCUGGUCAUCACCGGAAG